GAAAAAGUUUCGCACAGGUCUCCGCUUGUUGAAAAAUCACGAUGCCAUUCUUUUUUUCCCUGAGAAGACCCGGCCCCGUAGUGAUCGCGCUUGGGCCUGACAUCGCUAGGAGUAGUUCUUAAUGCGACAGUAUUACAUGGACCUCUGAAAAGCAAAAACUAAGAGAAACCAUUCAAAGCACUCAUUUGUAUGUUUUUUCACCACUAUGACCAGUGACCCGGCUACCAAAAUCCACGACGCCGUGGCACAAGGUAACCUGGCGAGUGUGCAAGCGCUACUGGAUGAAGACGAAGACCUCCUCAACGCGCUGAACAAUGAUAAGCAAACGCCAAUCAUGAUCGCAGCAAAGCACGGUGAGGCAACGGUGGGGUCCAUACUGGUAUACACAAACAUAGUAUUGUGGAUGAGACGAAGUGCAACAGAGACUGUACGUUGAGAAAUAGAAGUAGUUGUGGCCAACAAGUCCUCAAAUUCUAUUUGAUAAAAAACAAAGAAAGGAGGAGAAUUCACAUUGAUUGAAGCACAACAUUCGCUCGCCCUCAUCAAUAUUACGGACUGUCAACGGACACUCCCACUCGCUAUAAACGGAAAUAUUAAUAGGCGGAAUGUGGCGCGGACCUCCAGGCACAGGACGCAGAGGGGAACACGGCACUGCACUACAGCUGUCUGCACAACAAUCGAUUAGUUACGUCGAUGCUGCUGUGGGGCGGUAGCGAGCGCGAUGUGCAAAACGGCGCGGGAGAUACCGCACUGCACGUGGCCGCGCGCGUUGGCGCGCACGACUCAGCCUGGCUGCUACUCGAAAACGGCGGUGAAAAGUCAAAAGAAAUCAAAAAUCAAAAGGGCGAAUGCCCCCUCGACAUCGCAGUCACAUCCGGAAACGAGCAACUCAUAGAACUUCUAAAAGCGGAUGGCUAA